UCCAACUGGAAAAGUCCCUCUUCCUCCUGCUGGAGGCCAGGAGAUCUUUGGCCUGGAGAAAUGUCCCCAGGCAGGCAUCUCCUGCCAGGGUCAGGCAGCAAGGAAAACCUCUGUUGCCUACCUGCUGAAGUACCACUCAUGGAGUAACUAGAGCAGGGUUCCCAAUGCCCACCAUCAGGGACAGAGCAGGGUUCCUGAUGCCCACCCUGCCCAGUUGGGUGUCCCCAGGGUGGGGUUCUACCCUCCUCUUGGCCACCAAAGCUCUCCCUGACUCUUUCCUAGGGCGACAAGGGCAGCAUGGGCGACCUGGGCCAGCAAGGGGAUGAUGGCUUCAAGGGCAAGCCAGGACCGCACGGCAUCCCCGGGAGGCCAGGACCCAAGGGACAGCAGGGUGAUGCUGGCCCCCCCGGCCCACGGGGACACCCUGGCAUCCCUGGGGCACCGGGCUUGUCUGGACCCAAAGGGUUGAAAGGCUUCCCAGGGCUGCCAGGACCCAGGGGCACACCAGGACCACCGGGUCUCGCUGGCCCCCCUGGUCCCCGUGGACCCACGCUGAUGCUGUCCCGGGAGGAGCUGCGGCACCUAAUUUAUCCCUCCAACCACCUGAAUUACACGGCGGUCUGGGCUCUGCUGGACACCCUGAGCCAGGAACUGCAAGCCCUCAUCCAGCAUCCAAAUGGCACCAAAACCAACCCGGCGACCACCUGCAAGGAGCUGCUGUUGGCUCAUCCCAGCCUCCCUGAUGGGCAAUACUACAUCGACCCCAACCAGGGCAGCCCCCAAGAUGCACUGGUGGCCUUCUGCAACUUCACGGCAGGGGGGGAGACCUGCAUAGCCCCCGUCCACAACCAGGUCCCCAUCAAGGCUUGGCUGAGCACCUACACCUCCGAGGACACCUUUGAGUGGUUCAGCACCCUGCCUGGGGGCUUCCUGCUGGAGUACACAGGGGCCAGCUCCGUGCAGCUCCGUUUCCUCCGCCUGCACAGCCACUUGGCCACCCAGAAGGUCUCCUACUCCUGCAGACCAGUCCCUGAGCAGGGCCAGCCCCAGCCCGAGAAGGAAAUCCGCUUCCUGGCCGAUUCCCGGGAGCAGAGCUAUGCAGCCAGCCUGCAAGGCUGCGUGCUGGACAACGAGUCCUCCAUCACCGACACCAUCUUCCAGUUCGCCACUGAGGAGCUCUCCCUGCUGCCCCUGAGGGACCUGGCCGUCUUUCACAACGGCGACGCCUCCCACCAGUUUGGUUUCACAGUCGGACCAGUUUGCUUCAGCUGAAACCCAUGACACCCAGACUGAGCCAACUGGUUCCCUCCUCACCUGAGACCUGUCCUGCUGGGGACGUGCUGGGAGGCUGGGGGGUGGCACCGGGCUCCCACCCACUCCCUGGAGCUCCUGGUCCUCUCUGAGACACGUGUUUGUAGCUGCAAUUAUGCCACGGACUACACUUCCUUCUGGAGUAGAAGAAUAUUGUUUA